AUCAAAAUUAUUCAUUUUCUCAACAAUUGAAUUAUUAAUAACUGUUUUAUUAAAAUAUCAACAAAAUCAUGAUGAAUAUUUAUUAGAUCCUGAACAAUUUCAACAAACAAAUGAACCAAAAUUAAAAGGAUUUUUUAAUGAAAUAACAAAUGCAUUAAUUACAAAAAAAAGACUUAAUAAGAAUAUAGAAAAAGCAAAAAAACAA